GCGCAAAACGAAUGGUGCGCAUGCGUCUAAACUCAAGAAUCUACGGGUAGUUCGUCGCAGCACAUGCACGGAUAGUGCAGUAGAGCCGAGAAUCCCGUAGCGUGUGUUUGUUUUUAAUUUCGUGAUCUACGAUCUAACUUUUUAACCUUAACAGAAUCCAACUUGUGAAAGAGGCUGUAUUCUUUCUCUCUCUUUUUCUUUCCCCCUCUUUUUCUCUUUCUCUCCUCUCUCUUUCUUUUAGUGUCUAAUUUUCCUGCCUUUCCCUUCCUCUAUUUUUUUUCGCUUUUUCUCUUUCCCCCUCUUUCGUUCUUUUUCUUUUCCCCUUCUCCUCUCCUUUCCUUCUUCUCCUUCUCCACCUCCUCCUCCUCUUCCUCCUCUUCCUUCUCCUCCUCCUCUUCUUCCUUCUUCUCCUCCAUAUCCCCCCUUGCUUCUUUGCUUCUCUCUUAUUUUGAACAUCGCUCUCUCUCGUGCUCCCUCUUUUUUCCUCUUACUAUCUUGCCUGUUUCUGUCGCUCUUAUAUAUUUUUCUUCCCCUCCUCCUCAUCCUCCUUUUCCUCUUCCUCCUUCUCCUCCUUACACAUAGUAUACUGACUCCGCUAUUUCUAAAAACGUAACGCAAUCGUGGCGACGUAUGCGAGGAGCGCGCCAGAGAAAACACGAGUGAGAAGGCGCGACGUACGAACAGCAAGUUGUAUUAAUUAUGAGAUAUAAUUGUGCAAGAAAAAUAAAAGAGUAAAGUGAUAUAAUAGUGAAUAACGAAAAAAAAGCGUUAUCGUUGUGCAAAACUAAACGUGGAAGGAUUGCUACUGUUUUGGAUCUUAAUCGCAACGUCGUCUGUCUCUUGCUCGUUUACGUUUAACGUUCACUUUUUCUUUUCGUUUCCCUUUCUUUGCAAUACCUUUUUGUUUUUGUAUCUUUUUCUAUUUUCGCGUGACCGCCAUAGGAGUAAUCAAGUAAUUGCGAUGUGUGAUAAUACUAACACGACGACGCAGAGUAUAGCGGACUACCUGUCACAGUUACUAAAAGAUCGAAAGCAGUUAGCUGCUUUCCCUAAUGUCUUCAUACAUGUAGAGCGCCUACUAGACGAAGAAAUUGCAAAAGUACGAGCAAGUCUUUUUCAGAUCAGUGGCGUCAAAAAAGAGCCACUGGUCUUGCCAGAACCAGAGGGUGAAAUCACAACACUUAUGGAAAAAGUUUAUGUACCUGUCAAAGAACAUCCAGAUUUUAAUUUUGUUGGAAGAAUCCUUGGACCACGAGGAAUGACAGCCAAACAAUUGGAGCAAGAAACAGGAUGUAAAAUUAUGGUUCGAGGGAAAGGAUCUAUGAGGGAUAAAAAGAAGGAAGAGUUAAACCGAGGUAAACCAAACUGGGAACAUCUGACAGAUGAAUUACAUGUUUUAUUGACAGUCGAGGAUACUGAAAAUCGUGCCACUUUGAAACUUGCCAGAGCUGUAGAAGAAGUCAAGAAACUCCUUGUUCCCGUGCAGGCUGACGGAGAGGAUGAGUUAAAGAAACGGCAAUUAAUGGAACUUGCUAUUAUCAAUGGUACUUACCGAGAUUCUAACACAAAAGUUGCAGCAGCUACAGCUUGCGAUGAAGAAUGGAGGCGCGUUGCAGCGGCUGCGGCAGAAACGCAGCGACUUCUUCCAGGUUUGGCCACACCUAUGAGGACGCCCAGUGCUCCAUUGGGAGCACCGUUAAUACUCUCGCCACGGAUAUCUGUUCCAACGACCGCAGCGUCUCUUCUGAACGGUUCCGGCCCACCAGGAUCACUUCUUUCUGCCGGUGAUCCACAUGGUUUAAUUUACACACCAUAUGCUGAUUACGCCAACUACGCAGCAUUAGCAGCAUCGCCUCUUCUCACGGAUUACACAGCAGCUGAUCAUUCUGGUGCAGCAGCCGCUGCGAAACAACGUAGGCACUUGGGUCAGAUUCGCGAGCACCCUUAUCAAAGGGCUGGUGCUUUGUCGUGAAUCCGGAGAGCGCAAUCGCAAUACUAUACGCGCCUCCGCGAAAAGGCUUGGAGUGCUAACAAUGGAAUCCACUCGCCCGUGCUAACACCUGGACUCUGGAACAACAUCCGCGUUCGAUCGGUUCACCAACCAGAUGACCACCUUCGUCGUUCGCAUCACCAGCCCUGUUCUUCGUCAAGUUUAUCCAUCCUGUACCCUCGUGUUUUUAAAUUGUAUAGCCUUGUUUAAAUUGCUUUGCUCGUUUUGUUAGCGUUUACUUUUACUGGCGUUUACCUCAACGUCGGACAGGUAAUUAAA